AUGAGUGGAAGUGAGCGCGACAUUUCACUAAACAACAGGAAACAAGCUCUCACGCUUUCCCAUCGAGGUGUCGAUUUGUACCUCAGAACUCACACUCAGUUUUCUCUAAACUUGCUGUUUCAGUACUGUUGUGAACCUAUACUUCAUCAAAAACAGAAGACUAUGACAAGGGAGUUCUUCUAUGCUGUAGCGGUUGGCCGCAUAGUCGGCGUCUAUACUUCGUGGGAUGAUUGUCGAGACCAAAUCGAUGGAUAUGUUGGUGCAAGAUAUAAGAAGUUUACAAAUGAACGCGAUGCUUGGGCGUGGAUCGAGGCAUACCAAAAGGGGCAAUUUGCGCAAUCCGACGACUACUAUGCUGUUGCGAACGGCCGCAUAGUCGGUGUCUUUCGUUCGUGGGACGAGUGUAGUCAGCAGGUCGCUGGAUUCCCUCGUGCAAAAUUUAAGAAAUUUGCAACUGAAUACGAAGCUUUGGAAUUCAUCGAGAACUACAAACGAGAGUGUAAAGUGCCGUGA